CGUUCCUCUCCUCCUCCUCGCCGCCGCCGCCGACCUCCAGCUGUGGGUCCCCAUCGCUCCCCACGGCGUCCCCCACCACUUCUUCGUCGUCGCCCAGCCCGACCCCGACCCCAUGGCCGACGACUCCAGAGACGCCACCCACAGCCCUGGCCCCUCGCCGCUGCAUGCCUCCGGCUCAUCGUCGUACCCGUCCAGCGACCCGACCCGGCCUUCUACCGGCUCGGGCGAGAACCAGAAGGAGCGGAGCAGCAGCCAUGUCUCCGGCCAAAUCCGAUCGCGCCUCACCGUCGUCUGCGCCGAGUGCAAACGGCUCAAAUUGAAGUGCGACCGUCGCACGCCGUGCUCGCAGUGCCAGAAGCGCGAAUGCAUCCCGCGCUGCAUCUACACGCAGGGCGCGAUGGAGAAGGUCGACGUCCAGUCCCUCCACAACCGCGUCCUCACCAUCGAGGCCAAGCUCGACAUGCUCACUCCGGCCCAGCUCCAGCAGCUCGCGCCGGCUUCUCUUCCCGCCACGACCCUGGCCACCGUCGGCGGCGGCUACCCGCCCUUCCCCUCUGCCAGCUCUCACUUUUCUACCCCAGCCCCUCCCUCCUCGACCUUUGCCACCCCACCCACCGCCGUGCACCCGCCCCAUCCUCACCCCGCGUCUGCCCACGCGUGCCUCUGCCCGCAGCAUCCGCCGUUCGUCAACGACCGCACGAUACUCGCCACCGGUCCCUCCGGAUCUUCUCUUUCCAUCUCGGUAGACGACAUCGCUGGGAUCUGGCUCCGCGACCUUGGCAUCGACCCGUCUAGCGCGGAGGCGUUCGAACCCUCUCCCUCUUCUUCCU